GAGACCGCCGGCCCACCUCCUCAGCCACAUAGACCCCACACACACACACCUCCUCCCUCCCCCUCAGCAUCGAGCUCAGGCAAUAUCGGGAUCUCUCCCCUAAUCCCCGCGCCCCCCCCUCACCACCCACAGCAACUGCAGACGCCCCCGUCGCCGUGAACGGCUGAACCCCCCCCUUCCCCCCACCCCCCAGCAGCGAGCCAAGACCCCGCAGCACCGGGCCGAGCCGGGAGGGACCCGGAGGAAGGACGGAGGGGAGAGAGAAAGAAAAAAAAAGGCGGUCGGCGGCGGGAGCAGCACGAACAGCCCGUGAGGGGAGAGACCCGAACAGGGAGCAGCCACUCGGCGGAGAACGGAUAUAACGUUGAAUAAAUAAUCCGGAACCACGGGGAAGCGAGCAGCACACGAACAAAAGGCAGACCGUCCAGCCGAACCGAGACUGGAGCGAGCCACGGCCGGCCUGGGAGCCACAGCAGCCAGCGCUGCCCCCGGGGGUAACGGCGGCGACACCGAGCGGGGCUCCAACAACAACAACAACAACACCACCACGGGGAGAAACUGGCUCGAACACACCGGCCUCGCAGCCCAGACACACAGAGCUGGGGAGCCGCGGGCUGAGCGGCGGCGAUAGCCGAUCGUCCAGAGCGAUACCCGGAGAUUGUAUCAGAGCCGCCCGCCGGGGAGAGAGGGAGAGUGUGGGGGAGAGUCAGGCAGCGAGAGCCCCUGACGCUGCCCGGGACCGAACGCUCCGAGCCCACGGUUCUGACAGUUUCUCUCACGGUGUCUGUGUGGAGAAGGCCACACACACUCCAGUACAACGACGGCUUUUGCUUGCGUUUUCCAGUGUUUCUUCUGUCAGAGAGUGCACCAGGCUUGUAACUCUUCGACUGCCAGCCCAGAGCUUAGCAGCGAAGAACACCCGUUGGAAAUGGUGAAGAUGACUAAGUCGAAAACCUUCCAGGCUUAUCUGCCCAACUGCCACAGGACGUACAGCUGCAUCCACUGCCGAGCUCACCUUGCCAAUCACGAUGAGCUCAUCUCCAAGUCGUUCCAAGGCAGCCAGGGACGAGCGUACCUGUUUAACUCUGUGGUCAAUGUGGGUUGUGGGCCAGCCGAGGAGAGAGUACUGCUGACCGGACUGCAUGCCGUAGCCGAUAUCUACUGUGAAAACUGCAAAACCACACUGGGAUGGAAAUAUGAGCACGCAUUUGAAAGCAGUCAGAAGUACAAAGAAGGAAAGUUCAUAAUCGAACUGGCCCAUAUGAUCAAAGACAACGGGUGGGAAUGAGGAGCAGGCGGAGAAACCUGCCCAGCCCCCAGCAUGGCUGUGGCAAACUCACUUUGAGAUUAUAUUAGAGACUGAUCUAAUGGACAGAGAAUGAUCUGCGAUGAGACAGCUCAAAGAAUAUUUUGCUGAAUUUUAAACCUCACAGCUGAACCAUUGAUGUCGCCUUUUGUCGGCCUUCAGGCCCCUCUGCUAUUUCUCUCUAUAGGUUUGGUGUUCUCUAAUGUGUGAAACACUGUAACUUCAGUAGACAAAUUGUUUUUUCCAAUCUUUCUGCAGUUUGAGUGAGGGAAGAAACACUUUGGAGAGAGUGGCUUUUACAAAAUGACUGUUCCAAUUAGCUCUCCACUCUCCCCCCCCCCCCCC